GCGACAGUCGUUAACGAAUCUCGAUCGCGAUCAGUUCAAUUUUGCCAUUGUGAUCUACUCACCUGUUCUCAUCCGUUAAUACAUGCAUACCUAUGUAUGCAUACACAUAGAUACGGAGAAAUUGUGUACCAAAAAAUUUUUAAAGUCGAGCAUGUGAUAAAACUUUGAUUUAUUUGGCCUUAGUCUUUAUUAUACCAUUUUAUUUUUCUGGCAAAACUAAUUACAUAAAUAUUCGCGUUUUAAAUAAAACGAGUAUACGAAAUAUAAAUUUUAUAAUUUCUUUCCGUUAAAAUAUUAAAAAAUGAGUGAAAAUAAUGUUGACAGAUCUGCAACAUCCCAAACAACGCUAACUCAUCCAUCGACAACUGCACCAACACCAGCAUUGAAGGAGUUUACAGCUCCUCAAUUUAAAGACGACAGUUUAGUACUUUACUUCCAUCCCUAUAACUUCUAUUCACAAAAAGUUAUUCUGAUACUUUACGAGAAGAAUAUCGACUUUGUGCCAUAUGCUAUUGAUUUAGCUAACGGCGAACAGUAUUCUACAUGGUUCCUUAACCUCAAUCCAAAGGGAGAUGUGCCGGUGCUGCAAGAUGGCACUUUUGUAAUACCAGAUUCCAAUCACAUUAUCAGUUAUGUGGAAAAUAAAUAUAGAGGAGAUAUCCAUAGCGCAUUGAAGCCUCGGGGAAACAGUGCCGACGAAUUCAAGAAAAUGGAAUUCUACGACAGCAUAAUCAAUCAAUUACCCAUAGGUGCACUAAGUUUGGGCUCUUUCAUCCACGACGAUCUAAAGUUGACACCUAAACCGCCAUUUAUUGGUCCAAUUCGUAAAUCGUGUCUGAAAAAUAAUGAGAAAGUUUAUGAACUAUUGAAAAGAUCCAUCGAAGAUGCCGAAACCAAUAAAUCGGGUCUGCUGCGCAAACUUGAUAUACAAGAUAGACGCAAACGUUUAAUUCAAUCUCGGGUUGAAUUUCAGAAAAUACUCGAUGCCGUCAACAAUGUUUUACGAUACAUCGACAAUGACUUCACGGAAAAUCCUGGACGCGAAUGGUUGAUUUCGAACGAGUAUUCUUUAGCCGAUGUUAGUUUUGGAUUAUUAUUACAUAGGCUUUAUCAGUUGGGAUUCGAAAACUACUAUUGGUCAUAUGGUAAAUUACCAUAUGUAGAAAGUUAUUUUCUGCGAUUCAAAAAACGUCCUACAUAUCAAAAACUGAUGCCGAGCAAUUUUAAAAUACUCAAAGACAUCUGGCAGAAUACACCAGCAAAUUAUAAAAUUGGUGCCGGUGCAGGAUUUUUGGGUAUGGCUAUGUUCGCUGCUCUUGCUCAUAAAUAAUAAAUUCUGAACUUACGGAAAAUCAUUGUAUACAUAUGUAUGUACAUCAAUCUGAAUCAUACCAAUAAAGGAACUCAAUAAAAAGUGAGUUGUAAAAUGGUAAUGGUUUAUUUACUUGCUCUUUAAUCUUACCAUUAAAAAUGAACAUCGUUAAAAAUUUAAUAAUGGGUUUACCCAUAGUUUAAACGUGGAAAAAUAGAAGAUUUUUGUCAUGUGGGAUCUAAUACAUACACUACAUAUUUAAAUCUAUAUUAUCAAAGAAUACACCAUUACCAUUUCAGUAA